UUGGCCAGCUGAUUUUUGUUUUGUGCCUGCUUGUGUAAUUUGUGAUAAGAGCUAGAGUGUAAUUUAUAUUUAGUAAUAUCAAAAAAUAUGCGUCGCGUGUGUGCUGUUUUGCGAAGUGAUUUUAAUGGCUUCAACUUUAAGUUAACAAGCACAACGAAUGUUGGACAGUAUAGAGUUGAAGCCAGACGCAGUGCGUCUUCUGUAACAUCGAAAUCCUGUUGGAACUGCAAAAAGUCUGGCAAUCAAAUGAUUUGCAGCGACUGCGGUUGCCUGCAAGAUGUGCAAGACAAAAUUAACUUUUUUGAGCUGUUGAGUUUUCCCACGAAGUUUGCGGUGCCAACUCAAGAGCUGACGCAGCGUUUUCGACAGCUACAGGCGCGCGUGCAUCCUGAUAAAUACAGCAAUAAAACUUCCCGCGAGCAAACAAAUUCUGCGGAUUGGAGUUCACUGAUCAACAAGGCGUACAAAACGCUAUCGGCUCCCGUGGAACGAGGGCAAUAUAUUCUGCAGCUGGAGGGGGAGGCGAUGCCACAGGAUAAUAGCGCCUUAAACACCACAUUUUUAAUGGCAAUGAUGGAGCGCAACGAGGAGGUGGAGGAGGCAGCUGACAGCGCAACACUUGAACAACUUAAUACACAAAUCGUCAAAGAACUGGAAUACAAUGCCAAGAAACUAACAACGCAAUUCGAUUCGAAUGAUUUGUUGGCCAUAAAACAAACUUUAGUGGAAAUGAAAUAUUUACUCAGCAUACAGAGCAGCAUUAAGAAGAAACAACAACAGCUGCUCUCCUCCAGCUGAAUGGCAAUUUAUCGAUCAUUGAUUACCGCAGCAAGAAGAAGCAGCGCCAAAAACAGCUGAUGACAAUCAAUUAGCGAAAAUAUUGCUUUGUUUUUCAAAUUCGCAUGUGAUUGCAGCUGUUGCCGUUACUAAUAAGCACAAGCUGAAGCUAUUAAUUAAGACGGUCGUAAAAGUGUAAAACUUGCAUGAAUAAGCACAAACAAACUAGUUUGUA